AUGCCCGGUACUGGACCGACGACGGCGCCAGCGCCAGCGGCUGGCGUGCGCAGUAUGAAUGGGUGCUGGACCUGUCGUCUUAGACGGAAGAAGUGUGAUGAAGCACGCCCGUGUUGUCGGAACUGCAACCAGCUGCAAAUCGACUGUGUAUAUGGGACGAAGCCGGUAUGGAUGGAUCGAGGAGUCCUCGAACGCAACGCAGCCCUCAAGAUCAAGAAGCAAAUCGCAGCACGAUCCCAUCGACGAACGAAAUCAUCAUCUUACUCUUCAGAAUCGGCGCCAUCGUCGGCUUCGAGUGAAUCGCGGCUCUCUAACGACCUGCGGCAAACAGCAGAUGGCACGAGGCAGCAGAACAUGGAUCUUGGGGAUAUUAGUCUUGUAGCACAUCAACGUGUAGAUGGUGCAUGGUGUACUGCGGACAACAUGGCUACCAGUGGGCUGGAUACCAUUGGCAUCGAUACCACAGUUAGCCUGGGUUCGGUGGUGGAAGGGUCUCCCGUCGAUUUCGCAAUGUGGUGCGGCGAAUACGGUCCCAAGCAGGACGGCAUUAUCUCUCCUGCAGUCUCUUUGCAGUUAGAUUCAUGGCAGACGCCAUCGCCGCAAAACGAUUCGGGCGACACGUCGUCUAAAAAUACUGUUCUCGAAAGCAUAGAUGCUGCACGGACAGCGCCUAGACAUGGCAAGUCGGUUGAGUCGCCUGCCACGUAUCCUACGAGCCACAACAGCGCGAUGAACUGUUCUACCGGUGGCUCUAGCAUGAUGGAGAGCGACAGUGAUUGGUUUUAUCGUGUGCCUCCUAGCCAAGAAGAAGUGCUACCGGCUCAGUUUACUGACCACGGCGGCGAAAAAUACCGCUGGAUGCGCUUCCUACUGCUCACCUCAGCGCCGGUGCUACAGACAACUUUGACGUUGGCAAAGGCAUGUAGGCGACACGCCACUCGCGACGAUAACGCGGCAAAUAUAGAAUGCGCCGACUUGCUAAGGAACGCGGCGGAUGCUAUUCUGGACAUUCCGUCGGUACUUGCAACGUUAUCCAUUAGCAACCAGGAGCGUCAGGCAGAGCAGAUAGUUGUUGCUUGCACGUGUCUAGCGCAGACAAUUCACCUUGAAAUUCUCAACGCAACAUCGUUGCUCUGGCAAGAGUGCUUGCAGCAAGCUUCGGCGUUUGCCCAGCCUCUGAUCGACCUUGCUGCCAUGGCGUUGGACGAAACAGCUGACAGAAGGCAAGCUACUACAUCGGCUCUGCACAUGUACGCUGCAGCAGCCAAGGCCCUUAUUGGGCGGCUGGUUUGGUUUGAUAUUGUAGGGGCAGUUUCAACAGGAGGCAAGUUGCGCCUCGCCAUUGACUACGACAGCCUCUUCGCCUCGAAUACUUUGCCCGCGGGUCGCGCGCCGGGCUGCCGCAAGGACAUUAUCGCUCUGCUCUACCAGAUUCUUUGUCUCCGCCACUGGAAGCUGAACUUGGAAAGGGAAAAGAAGCUUAACGUCAUGGAAUUGGCCACCAAGGGCUAUCGCAUCUUGCAGUCGCUCGAGGACAUCACCACCGGGAUCAACAGCGUCGCCCUCGAAGCCAUGGACGAAGCCGCCUUUGCCGAUUCCAUCAAUCUUGCCUUUACUAGCACGGCCGUCAUCUAUCUUCACACGGUGAUCUCGGGUCCGAUCCCACACCUGAAGGAGAUCCGCUCCGAGACGACCAAGCUGGGCCAUCUGCUGCGCGACUUGGCGACAAGGCAGCAGAUUGGCUGCGUGCCUUUGCCUGUCUGCGUGGCUGCGUGUUUCUGGCCGCAGGAAAACGUGGGGGAACUUGGCAGCCUGAUAUUCUCAAAGCAGCGAGGAGACACGGCCGUGUCUGCUGGCGAUGGCGGAGGCGUAGAAAUGCGAUCAAAGGCCAGCCUCUUGGCGGCGCUGGAAAUGGGGCGCCUCGCUUUACGGGAUGGGGGCCGAGUGGACUGGACCCUGGCUGGGCAACAUGCGGCUAGUAAUAGGCGGGCGCUACUGCUAGGGGGGAAAUUAUCAAUCCCAUUUGAUGUCACUGCAUGUGGUCAAUUGUCGCCAUUUCCUACGCGGGGAAAUCCGCCAAUCUAA